CGGCUCCCUCUCGGGCCGGCGUCGUGCCAGCCGCGCACGAACAGGCCGCGGAGGCUCCGAAAAUGGCAAAGCACGUUUUCCUCACGGGACCCCCAGGAGUUGGAAAAACAACAUUAAUCCAGAAAGCUGCUGAAGUUUUGAAAUCAUCCAGUUUCCCUAUCGAUGGAUUUUAUACACAGGAAGUGCGAGAGGGUGGCCGAAGAAUAGGGUUUGAUGUUGUCACUCUGAGUGGAAGAAGAGGAAUUUUGUCUAGAGUUGGUUCUGGCCAUUCAUCAGCAAGGCAUGAAUAUCGUGUUGGCCAAUAUAUAGUAGACUUAGCUUCAUUUGAACAGUUGGCUCUUCCUUUGCUGAGAAAUGCUGAUCUUGGCAGCAGUGCCACAAAAAAGGUCUGUAUAAUUGACGAGAUUGGUAAAAUGGAGCUCUUCAGCCAAUCAUUUAUCCAAGCUGUCCGUCAAAUUCUGAGUGGAUCAGGAAUCGUGAUACUUGGAACAAUCCCCAUUCCCAAAGGAAAGCCCUUAGGGCUGGUGGAAGAGAUCAGAAGCAGGAAGGAAGUGAAGGUCUUCAAUGUUACAAAAGAGAAUAGAGACAGCAUUUUGCAAGAUGUUGUGACAGCUGUGCAGAAUUGCCUGAAAUGAGAUGCUCGUGUUAUACAUACAAUCUCAUGCAAUCGCUACAGUCAAACUCAGCUUCUAUUUAUAUCUUUAGGACUCCACUGACUUUGAAUAUACAGACACGAGUUCAGCUGUUUCAUAUUGUUGUCAGUUGGUUUCCAGAUCAGACCUCUUCUAUUUACAGAUAAGAAUAUUCACUACCAUCAAGCCAUUAAUUGCAUAUCCCAAAUGUCAAGUUAUUACAUUGUUCACUUUAUCAUACUAAUUAGCUUUGUAUAGAAAUCUGUACAGAUUCUGUAUAGAUUUUACCUAACUCUGGAUAAUGUAAGUGGCAAAUACUUUUGCACAGUAUUGCAUCAGAAUUUGUGAAAUUGGGAUUAGAUGUUUUCACUUGUAGAAGAGGCUGCAUUGCAGAAGAAGCUUCUCUUGAUCUAAGAGUUUUUAAUACAGUUAAUAUCAGUUCUCUCGUGUAUGUCACUAAGACAGGCUUUGCCUGUGUUGCUUAUGGAAUGCUGUUUAACUGGAUCAGAAAUUCAAGGGACACAUGCUUUGUAUUUCAAAGAAACAAGUUUAUUUUGCAGGUGUUAAGGGAUACAUGAUGUGCAUUCUGCCAGGUUUCUCAAUAGCAACUUUCAGCUUGGGGUUUUUUUUUUUUUUUGUCUUAUUUUGAAAUUUCAAAGAGAUGUGGCUUAAAUAUAUAUGUCCAUUAGGCUAUAUUGGAUAAUAUUUCUUGUAUAGAUUUUUUUCAGCAACUCAGUUUGACAUUUAAUGAUACUAGCUGAACAAUCUGUUGUGUCCUCUAAGGCUUGACAUUUUUUGUUUGUUUCAUUUAGCACCUUUUCCACUUAAUUAAAAAAAAUCACUGUGGUGUGGCCUUUGUCCCAUAAGACCUGUGCAUGUUGUUCAGUAGAAGUAUUUACCCUUAAUCAGUUUUGUGUGUCAUGAAAUCUAAAUUCCAGGCCAGGUGCACUUUUGUUUUCAUAUGCUUGGUUCCAGCAAAAAGUGUAAAGGCAUGCAGUCCUUUUCUUUUCUUACUCUUCUGGUGUGUGAAGUGUAGCAAAUGGUAAAUUAAAGCAUUCCUUGGUUAAAGGAAUGUGAAAACUCAGAAUGUUUUCAAAGCCUUUUGUUUGGAGAUACGUAAGCAUAUUUUUUCAUAGAGCUACAGGGAACAGCAUCCUAUUUGAACCUUUGGGCAUAUUAGAAUCUGAGAAACUGUUGUGCGUACUGCUACAAAAUGGCUGCCAUGGGAUAUACCUAGUUAACAGAGGACAAGUAAAUGGAGUUCAUUUGAGUCUGAACCCCAAAUAAUAAAUGCCUGUUUAAGCCCUACAGUGCACACACAAAAAAGCCACUUCAAAAAAGGAAAACUACUAAUACUUAAAGAAAUUAGGUAGAAACACCCUCCUACCCCCCCACACACACACACAAAGUGUGAAUUAAGAAGAAACAUACAACAGCAUGACAAACCCAUGGGAGAGUUAUGCUACCCUCAAAAACAAUAUAGCUGUAUUGAGCACAGUUUUCUUGAUUAAAAGGGAGGGUGCAGAUUGAAUAAAUAGAGUUCCCACCUCCCAAAACUCCAGAUAAACACCCACCACGACUGUUUGUGAUGCUUGCAGUUUCCUCUAGGCCAAGAUACUGCACUGGAUAGCUCCUUGGCCCAACCCAUUUUUACAGAAUGCCUAUAGCUUGCUUCCAGCUGUCCUUACCUCCCCUACAGAGGCUUAUUAAGAUCCUUUGCCCCUUCUUUUUAAAGGCAGCUUUUUGUGGGUGGCUGGAAAGAAAGUGGCACCCAACCUUCCUACCUGACAAGAAGGUUGCCCUUACCAGCAGGAUGUAUCAGUUGGUUCCCUUGAGAGUCAUUGCAGGCUGCUUUUUGCACAGCAGCUUUCUGUGCAACACACUGGUCGCAUUUAAAAACAUCAGCAUCCCAACACAGCACUCUCAUUUCAAAUGUGCAGUAGAUGACUCAGAUGAACCCAAUAUUUCAAUAGAUAGGCUUAAUCAACAAGCUUCUCACUUCAGUACUGUAGGAAGAGAACUCAUGCUGAACUUAGCUGGUCCCUUCCUUUGGGGAAGGCUCAAGAGCUGUGAUGUAGGAAAUGCUGUCCUGCAGCAAGGAUGCAAGUGUGUAUAUGGUAUAGCUGCUGAGCUCCUGGUUAUACUUGGGUUGUACCUGCGCAUUUUAAUUGCUUUAACAGGAAAAGGGUAAUUUGCGCGUGGGCUUCUCUAAGCAUCACUGUUCAACAGAGAUUUGUAGCAGGUCAACCUAAACAGUAUCCAGAUGGUGUCACAUAAACAAGGGCUGCAUUAUUCAAUAUGCAUGGGUCAGUUUCUGUUUGAAGUUAACAUAUCAGUAGAAAGGAUUACUUGUGUCAUGUUUAAACUUGUUGAUAAGAUGAGAAUUUCAGGAGCCGCUGAUGUAGAAAAAUGCAAAUAAAGUGCUAUCGAUAAACACCUGAGGGGAAAAUGCAAUUAAUGCCAAUUGUUGUUAAGAAAUCUAACACUGGGCUGGAUGCAGUUUUAUUCUACUAGUGGGAGCAACUCCAGGAGGAAUUCUGUUCAGGAUGUGCUUGUUGCUGGAAAAUGGGGUGAACUGAGGUAAUUUGCAUAGAUUCACUGCUUCUUUGUAUGCAGACCCUGGUGCCAUUUCCCUCACUGUUUCAGACAACUGGGGAAACAACAGAUUUUGGGAGGACACAUUGCAGCAGAAGAGGGGGAGUCAGCAAAGAUCAGCUCCUCCCUUUUUCAGCCAGUAGAAAAGCACUACUGAGCCCUUCUGCCCUCGGGAAGGCUCUUGCUGCAUAUGGUGCAAUAAGCAAUAGAAAGUAAUGCAGCCUCCUUCAGCUCUUCUGCACCUCAAUGUCUUAAGUGGCUUGCUGUGAAAAUGAAAUGGGCCAGGAAUUACUUUAAAUCAAACACCUCGUUGCCCCCCUGCAAGAGUCAAAGAAUGGUCUUGAGUAAGCCCAAAUCUGUCUCCCAUCCAUAAAAUAUGAACAAGGGCCAUCUACACGGGAUGCAGACACUGAAAAUACCUUUAAGAGAUUCUUGUUGUUCUUGUUGAUUUCAAAACACCCAGAUGCUGGUAAAGUUACUGGCAUGAACGUUUAGUUGAACUUACGCAAAUGUUACCAGCAGUACAGAAGAGGGCCAUUGCUUGGUGGCAGGAGGUGUAUCUCUGCAUUUAAGGGAUUUUCGGUUCAAUCACUGGCAUCUCCAAUUAAACUACCUUCAGUGGCUGGCCAACCUGGGUAAAAUUUCUUCCUGAGGUAGGUAGCCAGUCUUUGGUCCUAAUGGUCUCAGUGGGCUGGCUGUCCCACAGCACAAGGGGAUCAUGUGAUCCUGCCACACAGAUUGGCUGGACAGGUGAUAGUGUCUAGAUUACUAGAGAGUGGGUAUGAGGGAUACAUUUGUUCAGCAGAUAUUUUAUUGAGCACAUCGAAUUCCUCACAUCCAAAACUACAUGAGCCCAAACUUGUCUAGCUUUCAAAAUCAGCACUUCUCUAAAUUUUGCCAUGAAGUUCAAAUAUGCACCAAAAUUUAAAAUCUAUACAGAAACAUAUAUAUCAGGAAAAAACUGCAGAAGAUAUUAUUAUAUUAGAAAAAGAGCUUGAAAAUGUGUAUAUUAAGAGAGCUGGUGUAGUCAAGUGGUUAGAGUGUUGGACUGGGAAUAAAGAGACAUGGGUUCAAGUCCCUUCUUGGUCAGGAAGCUGACUUUGGGCCAGUCACUGAGUCAGUUGUGAGGAUAAAAAUUGAGAGGAGGAUUAUAUAAGCUGCGUUGGGUUCCCUGAAGAAAGAAAAUGUAGACUAUAUGUAUUAGGCAAAAAUGUGUACAAAAUGCAAGUAUUAGGAGAAAUGAACACAAAAUUCAGGAUGAAAGAGACAUAAGCUUGGAAUAAUGAGAAACUGAGAAUAACUAACAUUGGCAGAUUCAGCCAUCCUACUAGAGGGAACUGUUUUCUCUGACAUGGGAGAGCAGUUCCAAUUGAUAGCAAGUGCUUAUCUUCAGAUCAGUAAAAUAAUGUCAUACAUUUGAGGGAAUAAAGUGUAUAGGUGUGUGUGUAGGUUUAUGUUUGAUUCUCACAAGCUUGCUCUGUAAUGCUAUAGAAACUCCUAGAUUGGUUUUUCAUAUAGAUUAGCUGCAGAAGGACACUAAUGCAGCUGAACCACACUUCUCUCUGUUCGCAGGGCUUCUCUAAAGAAGCAGGACCAGUGAAGGCAUCUUCAUAUUUUUUGUCACUGACUUUUGUUGUGUAGAAGCAGGACAUCUGUUCCUAUGUAGAGUGAGGAACGACUCAAGCCUUCCCAGCAGCUGCUCACCACUUGAGGGAACACCUGCUGGUGCAAUUGAAUCUCACAUUAUUUCACCAGCAGAAGUACUGUGAAAGCAUCUUGCACAAACACAGUCAAUUUAAAAUUGAUCUGCCCAGCAUAGGUAAUGACUAGCUGUGCUGUGACUUGUCCAUUUAGCUACAGAAUAGCAGUGUUUACAUCGCUAGCUUGGCAGCAUUAAUGAAGGACAGGAGAAGUCAUGGUGAGAGCAUGGAGCCAGCAGUGAUGCACGGAAUGACUCGUUAGGGUAGCUCUUAAAAUAACUGCAGUGUGUGUACAGCAGCAGGUUGUGUGUAUGUGUGAGUGAUAGGGUUACAGUAUUAGUCAUGACAAAGUUUUACUGUCUAAGUGGUGUAACUUGAAUAGUUUUUUAAAAUUAAAAAUAACAUUUGCAGAAAAUCUACUUUUAUCUUCAAUGAAAGCAGCACACAAUGAGCCAUCUUUUUUUUUUAAAGUACCUCCAUACAGACAAGUAUUGUAAUUCAGUGUAACAGAAGAGCUGAACUGGGAUCUUAGAAGACCUGUACUCAGUUCAAGUCAUUUUUACAUGCAGUCUCCAUGCUUGAUAUGAGCAGCCUGAUUGAAUAGGCUGAUGCUGUCUUCUGAGCAUAAGAUUGGCCCCAACCUUAGUUUCCUUCACCUGUAACUGAAGAGGCUAUAAAGCAGAGACUAAAAGGGAAAAUCUUCAGUGACGAUGGGUACGAUAACUGAUUUUCCAUGCAUUGUAGGGAUCAGAUUUCUUAAUGGCAAUCCAUUGUGCUGUCUUUGUGUACUUCCAAGGAAACAUCAAAUUGUGCAAGCUGAGAGCUUUAUUGGUCUUUUGUGUGUCUCCUCUUUAGUUCUUUUUCCAUACAGCGUAUACCCUGUUAAAGCAUUUCAAAAUGGCCUGUCCAGCCAUCAAAACUGAAGUUGAUGCACUGUAUAUAGUGCAUAUCCAUGCACUAAAGACACCUUGCUCAUCAUCUUAUACAAUGCAUUCUUUUAGCAGGCCUUGCCAGGGAGCUCAUGUGCUAAGAAGCGGCCUGUUUCUCAAAGUUCCACUCUAUUUUUGUAUCUGGCUGCAUCAGAGGGCAUGACAGUGACGUUUCUGCCAUUGGCUUGGCUGCAGACAUUUGCCAUUGGGAUGGAACUCUUGCAAAAUUCUCCAUCAGUGAUCAUUGCACAUCAGCAUUAGGAAAAAGCUGGCACCUGAGUUUAGUUACUUGCCUCUCCUCAUCCCUUUGUCCUUCCGAUGACUGGAAGCCAUUGUACUAGUAUUGCAACAGUGGAAAGAGAAGCAUCCCCUGCGAUCACACGGAGGGUGGAGGGCUUGAGGAAACAUUUAGUAAGUGUGUUUUAAGUACAAUUCAUGAAUGGACAAAUGGGAUCUUUGGACUGCAAUUGUUGAACUUUAUGCAUAAUUGUCUCUAAUAGUAGUAGCAUAUCUUGCUACAUAUACAAUAUAUGGGUGUCUAUGAUACUUAUUUUAUUUUCCAAUUUAUAUCCUGCCUUUUUCCUACAAGGGCCUCAAGGCAGCUUACAUCAUUCUCCUCCAUCUUAUCCCCACAACAACAACCCUGUGAGGUAGGUUGGGCUGAGAGUCUGUGACUGGCCCAAAUAUAUAUACUAUGCUCCAUUUCAUUUUAGUUGACCUACUUAAGUGUCGUGUAAGAAAAAAGGUAACGUUUGAUUUUUCAUUUUUUCCUCAUUUUUGUUUUGGCUUUGAUUUCAAAAUACAAAAUAAAAUAAAUUUCAAAAAUAAUUCUCAAAAAGCCAUUGUUUUAAGUUUAUUGGAAAAUAGAAAAAAGAGGAGAAAACAUUGCUUGCAUUUGUGGGAAACAAAUGCACUUGGGAAACCUCUAAAGCUUAGUACCAACCCAGUGCAGCACAAACAGCAUGACUUAGAUGCAGUCUUAACUUAAGAUCACCAACUCAACCCUUGUGAGCUCUUUGGUUUGUGACUUCUGUAAACAGCAUCCCUCAAAAUCAGUAUAGGGAAGCUGCAAAGCUGAAAUAAAAGACUACUUGAAUCCAUUCCAGGACAAUUAGGAGCAAAACACAAUGUGAGUUCAGACAAAUAGUUUGAAAUCAAAGAGAAUGUGACAGGUGUGUCAUUUCCCCCUUUGCCUCCAUCUAUUCGAGAAUUGCCUGACAUAAGAAAAUGAACCAUGUAGCACUGGAAAACACUUGUUCAUGUGCUAGCUGCAAUUAUCAUAUGAAAGGCAUAAAAUGUUUUUGCCCAUGAAUAUCUGUGCUCAUCUCAUAAUACAGCUGCCCUGUGAUUAAUCAUGGAGCACUUGUUUGUAGAAGCUGUAUGUUAACAGCAACCCCCCCACACCCCGACACACACUCCCCAAUUUAAUCCAGUGCAGGAUGAGAAUUUUGAAUUUACACUGAAAAUGGCUGAGAUGGUGAUUUUCAAGGCCAUGGUGCCUACAGUUUAACUAAAGCAAAGAUUUCGGUUAGAUUAUGUAACAUUUCUUACCUCCAACAAGCACAGUGAUUUCUAGAGAAAAAAGCAAGGUACUGAGCAAUCCCAGAGCUGCAGUGGGGAGAUCAAAGCAGGAGCUUCACUGCUCCCAGAAUCCUGCUGGGAUUGCACCAGGAGGGAGGGAGUAGCCGCUUUUUCUUUCCUUCCUCUUCCAUUUAUUAUUACAAUGACAGCCUGCAAUUGCAGUGCAGCUCCCCCUGCAUCUCAGAGAAUGUGUCUGUUGGGAAGGGGGUGCAGCAGGGUCUGGAGACUGGAAGGGCUUUGCAUCCACCCCUCAGGCCACCGUCUUUUUGUCUGUACCCGCCUGAUUGAGACAAGAGCAUUAGAGCUUUCCAUGGGAGCUUGAAUUGGGCGUAUCAGGCUGGAUCACCUCCAAGACUGAACCUCUCCCUGCCCCUGGAGGAGACAAUCCAAUUUAUCCUAUGGUCCCUGGCACACCUCUCCUCCAUCAGGAGCACAGGUUUGCAACUAGGGUGUGUGUACAGAUGUGUUAAGAUCACACUGGCUGGGAAUGGGCCUUGAAUGCCAAUAUAACUGCAGGGCAUGAGGUGGUGAAGACUGGGUUACAAGCGGGUUUUUAAAAAUUCUUUGUUUUUUGUCCCGCAAAGUGCCACACCCACAUAUAUCUGCUAUAGGAUACAGACGUUUGAUUACUAAGAUUGUUAGAUGUUUCCUUAGCAGUAAAAACAAAGCAGUACAUUUCCUAAUGGGUGGUCAUGUGCAGUGUUGUAGAGGAAAAUUGCCGUAAGACUAUUGUAUACCGAGGAGAUAGGUGGUGUAGCACAAUUGUCCUCUGAUUCCUACCUUAAUCGGGCCUCACCUUUGGAGACUGUUGAGGCCACCCGGCAAGUCGCUUACUAAUUAGGAUAGUACAGCAUUGGGAUGCAAGGAAGUUGGAACAGCAGAUGUGGCUCGUUAACUGUUUUUGACUCUUAGAUUUAGGGUAGAGGGGGAGAAGCUGCAUGACCGCCUGAGCGAGUUGCAGUGUGAGAUCUAGCCGAGCAAGCAAGGUGACAAGAAUUAGGGCUUUUUCCUUGUCAUUUGUGAGGUGAGGCCCUCGAUGGCCGAUAGAGGGAUGCCAGCUUACUUGGUAUUGUAUUUCCUUUUCCAUGUUAUUAUGUCUGUUUACAUUGUAGUGCCAGUUUUAGAAUAAAAUCUUCAGGCUUUAACCCACCUGUGCGCACAUUGCUUCUGGAUCCAAAAAGAACCUUUUGCCUUUGGCAAAACAAGUGUCUAAUAAAGACUCUAGUAAAGAAACUAAA